AUGAGCGAAGAUAAGGCUCGAAGUUUGGAUGGAGAAUUGUUGAAUUUCGAGAGAAUUCCAAGAAGUCGAGAAGUUGGGCAAUCAUACAUUUCCUCAAUUUUCUCAACAAUUUAUGCAACAUAUUUCGCAUUUGAAGUUGUCUACAGAAAUCGGUGAGUUUUUGAAAAAUUUUACUGAAAUUAAAGAAUUUUGCAGACCAGAUCUUGUUGUUCUCAAUGGUCCAGGAACUUGUAUUCCAAUCGCAUUCGCCGCCGCAUUUUUCGAUUUGAUUCGCGUUUCCGACACAACAAUCAUUUAUGAAGAAUCGAUUUGUCGAGUCAACAAACUUUCAAUGUCCGCAGCAAUUUUGUAUUAUUCGGGCCUGAUUGAUGAUGUUUUGGUGCAAUGGCCUGGUUUAAAAGCUAAAUAUCCGAGAUGCACAUUUAUCGGAGAUUUGAAAGACGAGUAA